AUGCGUUGCACUGCUGCCUCUGUUCUGGCUUUCGCCAGCGCCGUCCUGGCCCAGACCGCCAACUUCGACGUCAUCACCAAGCCAACCGAGGGCUCUGUCGUCCCCGCUGGCAAGACCUUCACCAUCACCUGGGAACCCACCACCGAGUACAACAACGACACCAUCACCCUGACGCUGCUCGGCGGCGCUACCCCCAAGGGUCUGCAGACGAUCUCCGUCAUCAAGGCUGGCGUUGCCAACUCUGCCGGCGAGUUCGCCUGGGCCGUCUCCAAGUCCUUGGGUGCUGAGGCCAACUACGGCAUUGAGAUCACCCUGGACUCCGACCCCAGCAUCCUGGAGUACUCUUUCCCUUUCAAGAUCUCUGGCGGCGCUGCCUCCAGCUCUGGUUCGGCCUCGGCCAGCGGCUCUUCCACUGACACUACCACCGGCACGUCGGCCCCUACUGGCACCACCAAGACCACCUCCAGCUCGUCUUCGGCGUCGUCCUCUUCUUCGUCGUCGGUCAAGACCACCGCUACCACUUCGUCUUCCAGCUCGACUGCCCAGACUACUCUGACCACCAAGACCUCGGCUGCUGGCAACGGCACCAUCACCACCUCCAAGCCCAGUGGCUCCAAGACCGUCAUCACUGCCACCGAGACCGCCACCAAGUCGGGUUCGGAUUCCACGGGCACUGCCUCCACUGUCGCCACCAACGAUGCCAAGUCCCUGGGUGCCGGCUCGUUCGUCACUCUGAUCGGCGGCCUGGCCGUUGCCAUCUUCGCUCUGUAA